AUGCAAGAUUCGAUAGAAAUCGACAAGAUCAUAACUACUGAGAAAGAGCCAUUAUAUUACCUAGAAUCUUGGUCUCAUGAACGUGACCCCAACGACAAAUUAAUUUGCCAACCUUAUGACUACUUGAGUGGAUUACCUAGUAACAACAAUAAUAUCAGAAGCAAAUUCAUUCAUUUAUUUGACGAGCUUUUCUUUAAAGACACAGCACAUAAUCCCAAAGUGGCGAAAAUAAAUGAAGUAAUAUCGAUAUUGCAUAAUUCGUCGUUGCUUAUCGAUGAUAUUGAAGACAACUCCAAGUAUCGUCGUGGGUUUCCCUCGGCUCAUGUGAAAUUUGGAACGCCUUUAACCAUAAAUUGUGCAAAUUUGAUGUAUUUUAAGGCAAUGGAUGUAGCUGCGAAUGUACUUCAUGAGACGAACGUUUCUCAAUCUAAUGAGGGAGUGGACCAGUUUAAUCACGAUCAACGAUUGCGAGAUUUAAAUCAUGAUAUUGUACAGGAAAUGAUAAAUUUACACAAUGGACAAGGUCUUGACAUUUAUUGGCGAGACUAUUUACCAGAAUUGAAGCUAUUGCCAACCAUCGAAGAGUAUUUAUACAUGGUUCAAAAUAAAACAGGAGGGUUGUUUAGAUUAUCCGUCAAGCUUCUCAGUGCUUAUUCACGCAAUCGUCCCAAUCAAGAAAUGCUUAACAAAAUUAUUGCAAUCGCAAACCUGGCUGGGAUCAUAUAUCAAAUACGAGACGAUUAUUUGAACUUGGUCGAUGCACGCUAUUCAACAAUGAAGGGUAUUGCAGGGGAAGAUUUAAUCGAAGGUAAACUAUCCCUACCUAUAUUGAUCAAUUUACGUAAUGAGAAAGAUCCGGCAAACUCCCCUGUGCACAAAAUACUAUAUGACUUUAGAUCAUUAAAGCUUAGAAGCAAACAACCAGAUUUGUUGCAAAAGGCCGUAACCUACUUGCAUGACACAGGGUCUAUGACUCAAACACACCUAGUGUUGAUGAAAUUCAAAGAAAAGUUCCAUAAAUUGCUUAAUGAAUUUGAAUAUGGUGAUUCGGAAUUGUAUAAAUUAAUCGAGGCCCUUUGCGACGUGUGA